AUGGUAAGAUUACCAUUGAAAUCAUCUAUUGACGUCUUAGGUUCUUCCAGACAACGAGCCUUCCGAUGUCUGCAAGCCUUGAUUCGGAAAUUCGACAAGGAUCCUGACUACUCUCUGCUCUACCACCAAUUUCUCGAUGAAUAUGAACUCCUCCAGCACAUGCAACCAGUCUCGUCAGAAAAGGUCAACUCAAGAUAUUUUCUUCCUCAUCAUGGUGUUCUCAAAACAGACAGCUCUACAACGAAACUGCGAGCAGUCUUCAACGGCUCCAGCCCCACCUCAACUGGUAUUUCUCUCAACGAUAUUAUGCACACCGGAGCGAAACUGCAACUCGACGUGAUAGAUGUUCUUAUGUGGGUGCGUAAAUUUAAAUUUGUCUUCUCUACAGAUAUCACAAAGAUGUACAGACAGAUUCUUGUUCAUCCUGAUGAUUGGGAUCUUCAAAGCAUCCUUUGGCUCGACUCAAACAACAACGUGAAGACAUACCAUCUCACAACAGUCACAUACGGAACUAGAUCAGCUCCAUUUUUGGCAAUCAGAGUUCUUCUCCAACUUCUCAAAGAUGAGGGUCACAACUUUCCACUAGCCAUUCCUCCAUUAACGAAAGGUCGUUAUGUCGAUGAUAUUUGUGGUGGAGCAGAUACUGAACAUCAACUUCUCGAAAUUGCCAAACAACUCCAGAACCUUUGCAUGGCGGCCGGCCUUCCGCUAGCAAAAUGGCAGUCAAACGUCUCAAGUCUCUCUCACGUCACUCAAGAGGAAGAAUCAACAUCCACUACAAUCUCAUUCGAUGAAGGUUCUCACUCAACUAAAGUGUUAGGUCUAAUCUGGUACCCUCAAGAGGACUAUUUCACUUUUAAAAUGAAACUCACCAAACAACUCUACAUGUGCAAGGCAUUGUGGCACCGCUCUCAACAACUCAUGGCACAACUACCCACAUCUCAAGUGCAGCCAUCUCAUCCAUUCCUCCACACUCUGAGGAUUGAAAGCAGUCUUUUCGCUCCAGUUAUGGGUGGAUUGAGUAGCUCAGACACUGGAGUGAUGGAUUGCCUCAACUUCCUCACAAUGGAUAAUUUACGAAGACCUACUCGAUUAUAA